GCUGUUAUGGAAACCAAAUGCCUGCAGCUGAAGAUGUAGCUAGCAUUAGCUAACAGACUAGAGUCCAAUGUAUUAGUGUUAGCUAGCUUGUUAGUUCUAAAGUAAAUUGCGUGCUAAUUCACAAAAAAACCAUUUAAUAAUUUAUCUUGGUUAAAUGAAAUUAGUUAAAAUGAACGCCGAUCGCUUCACGUUAACAGUUGAUGAAUACCUGGCUGAGAAGAACGUGCUCUUUUACCUGGAGGAUGCAAUCAACCAGCUAUUGGAUCACAAGGAGGAGUAUGUCCAGUUUGGAAUUGUUCGAUACUUUGCGGAGUACUUCAGCAGUGUACGGAGGGGGAACCAUGUCCUGUUCAGGGAGGUCUCCUACAUCCGAGCCACCGGCCACAACCGCGCCUCCUUCAUCCGUGUGUUCUGGAGGAGCUUCAGGCAGAUCGGCAAGAACGGCGACCUGCUGGCCAUGAUGGAGUACAGCUCCCUCCUGCAGCUGCUCUGCCCGGACUUCCCAGUGGAGACGGUGCAGAAGGCAGCAAGGAUCGUGCUGAUGGACGAUGCCAUGGACUGUCCCAUGUCCUUUGCAGACUUCCUCUACGCCUUUCAGAUCCAGUUCUAUUUUGAGGAAUUUGUGGAGAGCGUGGCUGUGCUCUACCAGGGCCUGCUGUCGGGGAAGAGCCCCAACACCGUGAUCGUCCCCACAUCCUCCUCUGUGGAGCAGCUCCCCCACCUGGCCUGCGACGGCACUGCGGCAGAGGAGGGCGUCGCCUCCUCUCUCCUCUGCUCCUGCAUAGAGGCCUUGUGUGAGAGAUAUAAGCACAACCACCCCUCAACGCACACCCUGAGAGAGAUCCUCCAGGGCCCUCCCCGCGUGUCCUUCUACGGCUUCCUGAUGGCUCUGGCCAAGCACGAGGGCCUCAGUCAGGACAUCGGUUCCCUACCAAAUAAAGCAGACCUACUGGUGGAUCCUGCAAUGGACCAGGAGCUGGAGAAACUCGUCGCCCAGCUCUCGGUCAGCCCUGCCUCCCACAGCAGCAGCAGCGCCCCGGGGCAGAAGGACCCGCCCAGGAAGGCCUCGCCUCGUAAGUCCCUCUAUCACCGCAAGAGGAUGGAGAUGGAGAGCGACGGCUCCAACGAGGAGACGGACUCCUCAGAGAACUGAACCCGCCCGCCCGGGACCGCCACACAACCAGAACCGUGGUCCCGCACCCAUCCGGGUCAGCCCAGGCUCUGUUUCGCAUGCACAGUGCAGAGCCAGCUUUACCUAGUGCCGGGGAGCACGAGAUGCAGGACACCUCUCCGCAGUGGUCCUCACUCCUGGCCCUGGAGAGCCUUAAUGUCAGCAACCAAUUCAGACUUAAGAAACCUGGGUGAGGUGAGUUAACUGCUUUAAUUAAUCAAUUAAGUGCUGAGUAAGAAACAAAAGCCAGCACACCCUGCGGCUCUCCAGGACCAGGAGUGAGGACCCCAGCACACCCUGCGGCUCUCCAGGACCAGGAGUGAGGACUCCAGCACACCCUGCGGCUCUCCAGGACCAGGAGUGAGGACCCCAGCACACCCUGCGGCUCUCCAGGACCAGGAGUGAGGACCCCAGCACACCCUGCGGCUCUCCAGGACCAGGAGUGAGGACCCCAGCACACCCUGCGGCUCUCCAGGACCAGGAGUGAGGACCCCAGCACACCCUGCGGCUCUCCAGGACCAGGAGUGAGGACCCCAGCACACCCUGCGGCUCUCCAGGACCAGGAGUGGGGACCACUGCAUCACAGCUUCAGAAUGAUCACAAUGACAAAUACACUCAUCUGUGAAUCUUUUAGCUCAUAUUUAAUCAUUCAUAAUAAUUACAAAUAACAUAAUUAAUAUUACAAUGAAAUGGUUGUGUGUAUGUAUGCCUAUUGUAUAUAGUGUUUAGAAUUAUUAUCUGUACCAAAAAUCAAGUGCAGCAGUGGGUGUGCAGUGCUGCUUGUCAGUUACACCUUGGGAGCAGUAGAGGGCGCUAUCAACACAGGUUCAAAUAUGUAAUAUUCAUACCUUAUCUUCCAGUUUUACAAUAUAUAAUGAAACUGCAAGGUUAAGAAAUCUAUGGUUUUUCAGUUUGGGCAAACUGAUGGGCAGUGUCACAAUCACUACUGGUAAUUGAAAGCAAUAGAGCUUCAGAACCCAGAAUUUUGAAAAUAUUGUAUCUUACAAAAACUCCUUCCUUCGCUGUGAUCCCCCAGCUACCUGUCACCCUCUGCCUUGUCCUUGUCUGAAUAAAAUGGAAGAAAUACGCCA